CUCGCGGAGCGGCUACUCCGAGCGAGAUCUCCCGUGUGUGCGGCUGGUUGCUGCGCUCGGCCCCGCGUGGAGGAGGUCGGGUGUCUCGAUUCCCUGGGGCUGCUUGGAGUGUCCGCCAUGAGAAGAAGUGAGGUACUGGCAGAGGAGUCCAUAGUAUGUCUCCAGAAAGCUCUAAAUCACCUUCGGGAAAUAUGGGAAUUGAUUGGGAUUCCAGAGGACCAGCGGUUACAAAGAACUGAGGUUGUGAAGAAGCAUAUCAAGGAUCUCCUGGAUAUGAUGAUUGCUGAAGAAGAGAGCCUAAAGGAAAGGCUUAUCAAAAGCAUAUCAAUCUGCCAAAAAGAGCUGAACACCCUGUGCAGUGAGUUACAUGUAGAACCAUUUCAGGAAGAAGGAGAAACGACUAUCUUGCAACUAGAAAAAGAUUUGCGCACUCAGGUAGAAUUGAUGCGAAAACAGAAAAAGGAGAGAAAACAGGAACUGAAGCUACUUCAAGAACAAGAUCAAGAAUUGUGUGAAAUUCUUUGCAUGCCCCACUAUGACAUUGACAGCACCUCUGUUCCCAGCUUAGAAGAGCUGAACCAGUUCAGACAACAUGUGGCAACACUGAGGGAAACAAAGGCAUCUAGGCAUGAGGAGUUUGUCAACAUAAAGAGACAGAUCAUACUGUGCAUGGAAGAAUUAGAUCACACACCAGACACAAGCUUUGAAAAAGAUGUGGUGUGUGAAGAUGAAGAUGCCUUUUGUUUGUCUUUGGAGAAUAUUGCAACACUACAAAAGUUGCUGCGGCAGCUGGAAAUGCGAAAAUCACAAAAUGAAGCAGUGUGUGAGGGACUGCGUGCUCAAAUCCGGGAACUCUGGGACAGGUUGCAGAUACCUGAAGAAGAGAGAGAAGCUGUGGCAAUGGUUAUGACUGGGUCAAAAGCCAAGGUCAGGAAAGCGCUGCAGUUAGAAGUGGAUCGGCUGGAAGACCUGAAAAUGCAAAACAUGAAGAAAGUGAUUGAGGCAAUUCGAGUGGAGCUGGCUCGGUAUUGGGACCAAUGUUUUUAUAGCCAGGAGCAGAGACAAGCUUUUGCCCCUUACUAUGCCGAGGACUACACAGAAAACCUGCUCCAACUACAUGAUGCUGAGAUUGUGCGGUUAAGAAACUACUAUGAAGUUCAUAAAGAACUCUUUGAAGGUGUCCAGAAGUGGGAAGAGAGCUGGAGGCUUUUCUUAGAGUUCGAGAGAAAAGCUUCAGAUCCAAGUCGAUUUACAAACCGGGGAGGAAAUCUUCUAAAAGAAGAAAAGCAGCGAGCUAAGCUUCAGAAAAUGCUCCCUAAGCUGGAAGAAGAGUUGAAGGCACGGAUUGAAAUGUGGGAACAGGAGCAAUCAAAAACAUUUGUGGUGAAUGGACAGAAAUUCAUGGAGUAUGUGACAGAACAAUGGGAGAUGCAUCGACUGGACAAAGAGAGAGCCAAGCAGGAAAGACAACUAAAAAACAAGAAGCAAACAGAGACAGAGAUGCUCUAUGGCAGUGCUCCCCGGACUCCAAGCAAGAGGCGAGUACUAGCUCCCAAUACACCAGGCAAAGUGCGGAAGCUGAACACUACUACCAUGUCCAAUGCUACAGCCAAUAGUAGCAUUAGACCUGUCUUUGGGGGGACAAUCUACCGCUCCCCUGUGUCUCGACUUCCUCCUUCUGGCAGCAAGCCAGUGGUCAGUUCCACUUGUUCUGGAAAGAAAACACCCCGUGCUGGUAGGCAUGGAGCCAACAAAGAGAACCUGGAGCUGAAUGGCAGCAUCCUGAGUGGUGGGUACCCUGACUCGGCCCCCCUCCAGCGCAACUUCAGCAUUAAUUCUGUUGCCAGCACCUAUUCUGAGUUUGCGAAGGAUCCAUCCCUCUCUGACAGCUCCACUUUUGGGCUUCAGCGAGAACUUUCAAAGGCUUCCAAAUCUGAAGCUACUUCUCGAAUCCUCAAUUCAACCAACAUCCACGCCUAAGGAGUCCUGACCAGCCAGCCACUGUGGCUUUCUUCCUAUGCAUAGACUGGAAUUAAUUAAACAGGGGUGGCACUAGUUUUUCUUCAGUUUAGAUGCACUUAAAUCCUGGACAGGUUCAGUUACCAUGGGCCGAACUUAAAAGACAUGAACAAGUGACAGAUCAAAGUCUGUCAUGGAUUUAGUGGGUCCACAGAGUUGCUUUUAUUUUUGACUCAAGAAAUACCUUAAAACCUAGUUUAUAGCAGUAGGUAUAAAUAUUAGCAUCUAAGACCUAAUUUCUUUCUCUACCCCAUGAUUCUACUUGUUGAAGCAUGAUUACCAUUGUAUAAAAAAAUGAUUGAUUAGACCCAGCCUUGGGGGAUGGGAAAUGAAGGAAUUUUGGCUUGUAUACCUAUAAUUAGCAAUUAACAUCAUUUUUUUGUCUAGGGUGUUCAGUUAAUGAUGUAGCUCUGAUAGCUUUGCCCUCACCAAAAGGCCUGUCCCCACUACUCAAGACAGCCUUCCUCCCAAUGAGGAUGUCUGUGUCAGCAUUUGAGAUGGCCUGAUAUAGUGCCAAAGAGUGACAGGCUGGGAGCUCCUUUUCUAAAUUGUACAGUGUGUUAUACAGUGCAAUCCCUUUGUGGGUGUGUGUGAGUGACUGUUUCUUCAGAGUUUUCUCUGGGUCCACUGUGCCUGAACUCUGUUUGAACUGAACUCUGUUUCUUCAGAGUUUACUCUGGGUCCACUGUGCCCAAGUUUUACCCCUGCAGCUGCCAGCCCAGUUGGGAGGCCAUCUGGGUAGGUUGGGCCAUUUCUGUUGCAGAGAUGAGCAGCUUUGCACAUGUCACUGCUGGGGACUUUUUCCUGCUUUAGCUUCCACAGAUAAGGCUCCUUUACCUACCCUAAACACCACUACUGCACUUCCCAAAGCACUAUUAUUUAUUCUUACUAUCUGCCUGCGCCAGUACUACUACUGUCAAUACAUUAAAUGGUUCUCAAAAGCUUACAGUGUGGACUUGGUCUGUAGGUGUAAGCCAUGCUGUUAGUCAUACUUGUCCUGUUUUUAAAAUAUAAAUAUAUUCUUAAAAAUAAAUUAAAAUGUGUAUAGUUACCUUUCAAAAAGAUACUGUGGUGUUUUUCUUGAUUUAUUUUUCCCCAAAGCCCAUUUGAUUGAUUUGGCCUAUGGAAAACAAAAGAUCAAAGAGAUGUACAGAAAUUUUUUUUACUUAGGACUUUUGUUCUUUUGUGUCCUUUUUUGGGGAGUUUGGGGGUGGAGGGGGGUACUAGGGAUUGAACCCAGGGGUGCUCUUCCACUCAACUAUGUCCUCAGACCUUUCCAUUUUAUUAUUUUGAUAGGACCUUGUUAAGCUAGCCUGGAACCUGAGAUCCACCUGCCUCAGCCUCAUAAGCCAUUGUACCUGGCUUUUGUGCAUUUCUAAAUUAUGAAUCUCUUAUGCUUUCUCAAAGACCAUUUUUCCUAGCUCCAACAACAGGUAUUAGGAACCUUCCUGAUUCAUUGUCACUUGUUUAUUAACGGGAAUAGCUUUUAUAAAAGUGAGCUUUAUGAGCUGGGGAUGGUGGUACACACACCUGUAGUCCUAGCUAUUUGGGAGACUGAGGUUAAGACUGCAAAGUUUGAGGCCAGCCUCAGCAAUUUGGCAAGAGCCUGUCUCAAGAAGGGCUGGGGAUAUAGUUUGGUGACAGAACACCCCUGAGUUCAGUCCCCAGUACCAAAAAAAAAAACCAAAACCAAAAAAGCUUUGAGGUAUGACUGACAUAACUGCAUGAGUGAAAGUGUACACUUUGAUAUAUUUUGAUAGAGUGCACAUCUUGAAAUCAUCACCCUAAAGUUUCUUCCUUAGAAUUCUUCCCUUCUAUCUUAACCUAAUACCAACUGCUAAUUUGCUUUCUGAUGCUAUAAAAUAUGUUCCUGUUUGAUCUAGUUCUUUCAGUAUUUUCGUUAUUUUGAGAUUCGUUCAUGUUUCUUGUAUCCACAGUUCAUUCCCUUCUGUUGCUGAGCAAUAUUCCUGAUAUGUGGUAUAUACAAGUUUGUUCACAUUUGUUUUAUGUGUAUAUGUUUUCAUUCACCUUUGGGGUUUGCCCCAGUUUUGGACUGUUAAAAUGGAACACUUCUUCAACACUUAGUUAUUUACAACUCUGCCUUAACCUUCAGUUCUUGCUUGCAUGGAACUUGAAGGCUAUCCAGAGAGCUUAGUAUUUUCACAGGCUUUUCUGAGCAUGUAUCUAGCCCUGACCUGUGUUCUAGCCUUCUCAACGUGAGAGCUUUUAAAAACCUUUCCUCAGUGUAUCUCCUUUGCUGACCUCUUCAUCUCCAGGUGUUAUAGUAUGUUUACUGCUUGUGCCAACUAUUUGUCCCUUGUCCCAGACUGCUGCAGCCAAUACUUGUGCUUUAAACAGUUUCAAAAUGAGAUCAUGAUUGUUAUACUCCACGUAUGUAUGAUUUGUCAAAAUAUACUCUACUGUCAUAUAUCCAAAAAAGAACAAAUAAAAAAAAAAUA